AUGGCCACAGAAUACAAACUCAAGGACAUCACAUCCUUCAAAUCCAUUCCAAACUUUGAAAAACUCGAGUCUGAAGUCGACGGGAUCGAAAAUGGGAAGGUCCUGCUUGUGCGAAUCGACGACAAGGUCCAUGCCAUCAGUCCCAAAUGUACGCAUUACGGAGCGCCGCUGAAAUUGGGUGUUGUUGCGCCGGAUGGACGGAUAACGUGUCCGUGGCAUGGAGCUUGCUUUGCUGUCUCGACUGGUGAGAUUGAGGAUGCUCCGGCGCCGAAUCAUUUAAACACAUUCGAAGUCUACGAGAGAGAUGGCGCGGUGUAUAUCAAGGGUGAAGAGAAAGCCAUCAAGGCCGGACAGCGAGAUCCCAAUCUCUCAUGUAGCUCAUCAUCUCAGGAAAAAGUCGUCGUGAUUGGAGGUGGAAGCGGCAGCCUGGGCACCGUGCAAACACUGCGAGAACUCAAAUUCAAAGGCAGCAUUACUCUCCUCACCAAAGAAUCCAACCUGAUUAUCGAUCGCACCAAACUCUCUAAGGCAUUGAUCGCCGAUGCCAGUAAGAUCGAGAUCCGCCCCGCAGAAUGGUAUCAAAACGCUGGCAUCGAAGUAGUCCACGACGAAGCCACGGCCGUUGAUUUCAACUCGAAGACUGUCUCAACAAAAUCCGGCAAGUCAUACCCAUACACAAACCUCGUCCUGGCUACAGGUGGCAUUCCGCGCGUUUUGCCAUUGGAGGGCUUCAAAACCCUCUCCAACAUCUUCCUCCUCCGCGAUAUCCCCGACGUCGCCGCCAUUCUGAGCGCUCUCGGCGAGGAGAAGAAGAAAGUCGUUGUUGUAGGCAGUUCCUUCAUCGGUAUGGAAGUCGGAAACGCGCUGGCCUCCAAGAACCACGAAGUCUCCAUCGUGGGCAUGGAGAAAGCGCCGCUGGAGCGGGUCAUGGGCGAGCAAGUCGGCAGGAUAUUCCAAAAGAACCUGGAAAACUCCGGCGUCAAGUUUUUCCUCAACGCCAGCGUCGACAGGGCCACCCCGUCAGCAUCUAAUCCAUCCAUCGUCGGCGCCGUCCAUCUCAAGGACGGCACAGCUCUCCCCGCCGACGUCGUCAUUUUAGGCAUUGGCGUGCGUCCAGCCACAGACUUUCUCCGAAACAACCCCUCCAUCACCCUCGAAAAAGAUGGCUCCCUGGCAACCACCGAAUCCUUUUCUGUCCCCAACCUCGACGGCGUCUACGCGAUCGGCGAUAUCGCGACAUACCCCUACCAUGGCCCCGGCACAGCCUCAGCUGGCACUCCAGUUCGCAUUGAACACUGGAACGUGGCACAAAACGCCGGGCGAAGCGUCGCCCGCUCCAUCAUCAACUCGGGCUCAAAACCAAAACCAUUCAUACCCAUCUUCUGGUCUGCACUCGGCCAACAACUACGCUAUUGCGGAAAUACAUCCACUGGAUAUGACUCCGUUGUUCUCAAAGGCGAGCCCGAAAAUGCUAAGUUUGCCGCCUUCUAUUGUAAGGAAGGGACAGUCGUGGCGGUGGCUACGAUGGGUAUGGAUCCGAUUAUGGUGAAAUCCGCGGAACUAAUGCGCAGAGGGCAUAUGCCGAGUCAGAAAGAUAUUGAGGGCGGUGUGGAUUUAUUGAAGGUGGAUGUUCCGGAGCAUAUUGCUAUGUAG